AUGAGCAUCAAAUCUGAAGACGGUGAAUAUCCCAUGAAGGACCUUGGUGCAAAGAUGGAGAUCAGAGGAGUGAAUGGAUGGUCCUCUAAGCUGCCCAAAACUCUGUCCCACUCCAUUGAGGAGAUCCUGAAGAAACCAUGCAGACUUUCGGAUCCAGGGAUACCAUCACUGACAGACUAUGGAACUACAGAUGUGGAAAAAAAGACGAAUGAUAAAUCUCAGAAACUAAAAAAGUGUACAGGGCAUCAGGUGAGCCACCGACGGAUACGGACAGCCUUCACGCCAGCUCAGCUAGAGGUGCUGGAGAAGGCGUUCCAGGAAACACUGUACCCGGACGUCCACACCAGGGACCAAUUGGCCUCCCGCACACAGCUGUCCGAUGGCAGAGUUCAGAUCUGGUUCCAGAAUCGACGAGCGAAAUGGAGAAAGAGUGAGGCCCAAGUCCACACCAGAAGUGCACCCACAUUACCGUCGGAGCACAUCCUACCUCUGUGUCCUCUCACUGGACCUGGGCACCAGCUGUUCCACCCCCCACAGCAAGUGCAUAAGCACUUCCUGCUUGAGACAUCUCCUCCACCUCUCAUUGGCUCAUCCUUCUGCACCUCACUGAAGUUCUACCCCUGCCGAGCAUCAGGCAUGCUACUCGCUCAGACUCCAUACCGUCUCUUUAUCUCAAAACAUAUAUACAGCUGACAGCUGACAAACCGAUCUCAUCUUCAACCGCAUCUUUGUUUUUGUAUAAUGUGAGUUGUUUGUAAAUAUGGUAAUGCAAUGUAAUAUUUUUUUUUAGAAUACAAAUAAUAAAUUAGUGUUAUGUAUUGAUUGUAUUUAGUCACACACUGCAUGUAUGAGAUGCUUCAUACAGUAAUUAUCUGAAGAAGCUUUAUAAAGUUACAGUUUAUAUUGAUUUUCUUGCUGAUUCUAGCUGAAAUUCAAUUGAGCUGUAGCUGUUUCUGAACCAAACUCAGUUCCACUAUACUACAUGCAAUUUAGGAUUGAACUUAUUUUUAGAGUAGAAGAUGACAGAUGUGAAAGUAGGCUGUCUGAUCAAUUCUCUUCAGGGCAGUCUAGGAAGUGGUGAUACUGAUUGUAGCUUGGAUGUGGUAACAGGGGUGAAGAUAAGUUCAGUUAGGUGUGUGUGUGUGUGUGUGUGUGUGUGUGUGUGUGUGUGUGUGUGUGUGUGUGUGUGUGUGUGUGUGUGUGUUUGUGUGUGUGUGACAAGCCCAGGUAUUACUAAUGACAUUAAGUCUGAUUCUGCUACACUUAAAUUGAACAGAGACUUCAUUAACCAUUACCACACAUUCUGCAAAUAUGUGAGGUGAAGUGUGCAUAAGUAUUCCUCUGUGUGUAUGUAACUGGGUGGAAAUAAUCUCUUCCAUCCCUCUUCUAGACCUGGCACUCAAGUAGUACUUAUUACUGCGCUAACAUGUCAUGUCCUUGUUACACUGUAUUUUGGUUGUUUUUGUUUCUGAAGUUUGAUUGUUAUUGUCUUUGAAGUCACUUUAGAUAAAAGUGUCAGUUAAAUUACAAAAUUAAUGCAAAUAUAAAUAUUUGUCUACAUUUAGUUAAACUCAGGACCUUACAUCUAUUGUAAACUGGCUUGCUAUACACAAAUGUCCCAACUGCAAUUAAUGUUAUCUCAUGUCAGGAUAAGGAUAAUUUUAUUGCUUGUUAUGCUUAGAAGUGGAACAUUUCGUUGAGAUCCCUAAUUAUCGCUGAAUUUUUUUAUUGCCCUUUCAACGAUAUAUUGAAGCCUUAUCUUAAUUUGGCCGAGGUCAUUCUUCGGUCGGCAGGUUACACAUAGGGUAAAUAGUGGAACAGUCAUCCAUAUUCCUGAAAUAGACGGACCUUGUCAGCUAUAACUACUGAUAAUCAGAUGAUUUUCUUCAGACAAACAGGCAUUGGUUUCACCAUAGUAUACUUUUCAGUUCAUAGAUGCGUUCAGUUCAUAGAUUGAGUUCUUCAAUAAUCUUCAGUAAGGCAAAUACCGAGAAUGUAUACACGAAAUAAGAGGGUAUGCAUGGUAGCCCUUUCCCAAAAAAUCUUUUACCGUUUAUUAAACAUAGUCUGCCUUUGCUUUUAAUGUAGUAUGUUAUCUCGAUGUAGGCUAACGUAUUCCUCAUAGUGUGUGGUAGUUGUGAUUGCAGUUGUGUUACCCUGUCAUGGUUGUUGACUUUAUAUCUUAGCUAACAGAAAACUUAAAAUGGAGAGCCAAAUGCACACAGAAUUGAAAAGAGAAAACAAAAAAACAUAAUUCUCCUUCUACUUAUGCAAUCAGAGUCCUGCAAUUUAAGUUUAGAAUUAUCUUGUUGGGUGAAUACUUCAGAAAUAUAUUGUCAACCUUUACUGUGUUGAGUCAAUGGUUUCAAGACUACCUCUCUGAUAGAACACAGUGUAUAGAUGUGACCGGAUUAACUUCUUAGUGUUUAAGGGACAGUAAGGGUGUAGAUAAGAAGGUUGGGCUAAUGGUAAAAGGUAGUUUGGAGUUGAGGAGUUGGACAGCCACAGGCACAAAGGUUGCCUGCCUCCUCUUUGUUCUGCUGCACAGGCUGCAGAGUCAUCAUCUGAGGGAGAGGCAUUUAAAGGAAUGGAACAGGGCAUGUGAGGGGUCAUAUAAAAUCCUGCCAGCCAGCCUGAUCAUCUGCUGCUAGCACAUAGAAGAAUUAUUAAUUACUUAUGCGCUGUCUGUAGAGCAAGUCAUAUAAAAUCUUCCAUGUGUAUUUGACUGUGUGCAGAAAUACUUGAAAAAUCUGAAACUGGUUCCUAAUGAAUCAAAACCUAAAUUUAUGAUAUUUAUUAGAUCAAGAAAUUCUGAUCUUAGUGUUUAUUUGUUACCUGAAUGGGACCCAAAUUGAGCAAAUUUCUCAUUACAAAUAUCUAAGUGCAUGACACACAUGCUUGAAGUAACAAAGAAGGUGAAAAAUAAAUUAGGAUACAGGAUCAGGACUUGCUUCUCUCUAGAAAACAGAAUGACCAUUGUUCAAUCAUCUAUAACAUCAGGCUAUGGUGAUAUUGUGUGUAAAGGCAGUGCCCUCCACAUUGAAAUUACUAGACGAAGUUUACCACAGCACUCUUCACUUUAUUACUUGGGAUGAUUUUAGAACUUAUCAUUGUAAACUUUACGAGAAUGUGGGAUGGUGGGAAAAACACUGCCUCCUUUUUGUUUAUGACAAGUUAACUUUCUACCUUACUUCUCUUCUAUAAAUUAAAUCAAUUUGUAUUCUCACUCACAGGGAUUUAUAUCCCCUGAACUUCCUCAGAUCAAAUCUGAGUUUGGAAGAUGUUCUUUUCAUUUUUUGCACACAAUAAAUGGAACAAAUUACAAGAGGUAUUCAAAUUAGACCAGUUUGUGUCAGAAGACAAAUGUGAGGGUAUGAUAGACAAUAUGGUUUUACAGCUGUUUUAUUUAAGUUUCAAAUUAGAUGUGUUGUUGUUUGUUUGUUAUUUGAUUGUUGUAUGAUUGUGAACUCAGGGGGUUGCUGAAAAAUCUUGCCUGAAUAAACAAUGGUUGAUGAUGA